UAUAGUAUACUGUAUCUAUGGAUAGUUUCCACAAGCUUAACCUACAAAUUAUAGCUAAAUUAUAACCUUAAUUUAUCAAUUUUAAAUCAAGUUCAGAAUGUUUAAAAAAUUUGAUGAAAAAGAAAGCAUAUCAGGCAUUUUACAACUAAAAUCGUCUGUCCAAAAGGGCAUUAGAAAUAAACUAAUUGAACAGUACCCUCACUUAGAAGGGUAUAUCGAUAAUAUACUCCCUAAAAAAGAUGCAAUUAGAAUAGUAAAAUGCCAUGACCAUGUAGAAAUUGUAGUUAACAGCACUGGAAAUUUACUGUUCUUUAGACAAAGAGAAGGGCCCUGGAUGCCUACAUUGAAGCUGUUACAUAAAUAUCCAUUUUUCUUGCCUAUGGAACAAGUGGAUAAAGGAGCAAUUAAAUUUGUUUUAAGUGGGGCAAACAUCAUGUGUCCUGGCUUAACAUCCCCUGGUGCUAGAAUGACAGAAGCUCCAAAAGGAGCAAUUGUUGCUAUUAUGGCUGAGGGAAAACAACAUGCUCUAGCUAUUGGUCUAACAUCACUUUCAACUGAAGAAAUAGCUAAGGUAAACAAAGGAGUUGGAAUAGAAAAUGUUCAUUAUUUAAAUGAUGGUUUGUGGCAAAUGAAACCUGUAAAAUAAUCUUGUAAUUCAUAUUUUUGAUAUAUUUUUGACUUAAAAUUUGUUAUUUGAAUUUAACUAAAAACCAAAAUAAAUAA